ACGAACUACAAAUAUCUUAAAAAUUCAAUGGCAGUUUCCGACCCCUGGUUAGUCUGUGGUUGGAGGGCGUUUUGCGUUGGAAUCUGUCAAUGUGCUGUCAAUUGAUAAUUUUGUACGCUUUUUAACUGUUCACAACAGCUAAGGGUGUAAAUUAGAAUAUCUACAUCAGAAUUUAAUAAAAUAUAAAAUCCAAAAUGACAGAUUCAAAGUACUUCACAACUACAAAAAAGGGAGAAAUAUUUGAACUUAAAUCUGAAUUAAAUAAUGACAAAAAGGAAAAGAAGAAGGAGGCUGUAAAAAAAGUAAUUGCUUCCAUGACUGUGGGCAAAGAUGUAUCAGCACUUUUCCCUGAUGUUGUCAACUGUAUGCAGACAGACAAUUUAGAGCUUAAAAAAUUGGUGUAUUUGUAUCUGAUGAAUUAUGCCAAGAGUCAACCAGAUGUGGCCAUCAUGGCUGUCAACACAUUUGUUAAGAUAGCCACUGCUGUGACUAGACUUGAAUCCCUGGCUUGCCCGAUUUUUGCGCAGGAUUGCGAGGACCCAAAUCCGCUGAUUCGAGCAUUAGCAGUUCGCACAAUGGGUUGUAUACGCGUGGACAAGAUUACUGAGUACCUGUGUGAGCCAUUGCGAAAAUGUCUGAAGGAUGAGGAUCCAUAUGUUCGUAAGACAGCAGCUGUUUGCGUGGCCAAGCUUUAUGAUAUUAAUGCAGCUCUAGUCGAGGACCAAGGAUUUUUGGAUCAAUUAAAAGAUCUUUUAUCAGACAGUAAUCCCAUGGUUGUUGCAAAUGCAGUAGCUGCUUUAUCUGAAAUUAAUGAAGCAAGUCCAAGCGGACAGCCUUUAGUUGAAAUGAAUGCACAAACUAUUAACAAAUUGUUAACUGCUCUCAACGAAUGUACAGAAUGGGGUCAAGUUUUUAUUUUAGAUUCACUUGCAAAUUAUUCACCUAAAGAUGAUCGCGAAGCGCAAAGUAUUUGCGAACGUAUUACUCCACGUCUAGCUCACGCUAAUGCUGCAGUUGUACUAUCUGCUGUUAAGGUAUUGAUGAAAUUAAUGGAAAUGUUACAAUCGGAAUCCGAUUUUGUUGGCACAUUGACAAAGAAAUUAGCCCCACCGCUUGUAACAUUACUCAGUUCUGAACCUGAAGUUCAAUAUGUAGCAUUACGAAAUAUAAAUCUAAUUGUUCAAAAACGUCCUGAUAUUUUAAAACAUGAAAUGAAAGUAUUUUUCGUCAAGUAUAAUGACCCUAUUUAUGUGAAACUCGAGAAAUUGGACAUCAUGAUUCGUUUAGCAUCUCAAGCUAAUAUAGCUCAAGUUUUGUCAGAAUUAAAAGAAUAUGCUACAGAAGUUGAUGUAGAUUUUGUACGGAAAGCUGUAAGAGCUAUUGGUCGUUGUGCUAUUAAGGUCGAGCCUUCUGCCGAACGUUGUGUUUCGACACUCCUGGAUCUGAUACAGACAAAGGUUAAUUACGUUGUUCAAGAAGCAAUUGUGGUUAUAAAAGAUAUUUUCCGAAAAUAUCCAAACAAAUAUGAAAGUAUUAUUUCAACCCUUUGUGAAAACUUGGAUACUCUUGAUGAACCUGAAGCACGUGCUUCAAUGAUAUGGAUUAUUGGGGAAUAUGCUGAACGUAUCGAUAAUGCAGACGAAUUACUUGAAAGUUUCUUGGAAGGAUUCCAUGAUGAAAAUACUCAAGUCCAGUUGCAAUUACUCACAGCAAUUGUCAAACUGUUUCUUAAAAGACCUACAGAUACUCAAGAAUUGGUUCAACAAGUGCUUAGUUUAGCGACGCAAGAUUCUGAUAACCCUGACUUAAGGGACAGAGGAUUUAUCUACUGGCGAUUACUUAGUACUGAUCCAGCAGCUGCUAAAGAAGUUGUACUUGCCGAGAAACCUCUUAUUUCAGAAGAAACAGAUCUGUUAGAACCAACUCUUUUAGAUGAAUUGAUAUGUCAUAUUUCAAGUUUGGCGUCUGUAUAUCAUAAACCACCUACUGCUUUCGUCGAAGGUAAAGCAGCGGGUACUAGAAAAUCGCUGCCUGCCAGAAGUAACUCAAAUGAGGAAUCGAGUCAACAUGCAGCGCAACCUCACGCUCAAGUUAUUCCCGCUCAGGAUUCUUUGAUCGGCGAUCUUCUUAGCAUGGAUAUUGGUGGACCAGCUAUGGUUACCCCAACGCCAGCUCCUCAAGCAGGAUUAGGUUUGGACUUACUAGGAGGUGUUUUGGAUGGAGUUUUAGGAGGAACUGAUACUGCAGGCAGUGCACCUGUCGUGUCACAAAGUACUACUGGACUUCUUGGUGAUAUAUUCGGUUUUAAUCAAGGUCCUACUUCUUAUGUACCACCAAAAGUUAAUUGGUUACCUGCCGAAAAAGGUAAAGGAUUUGACAUUUGGGGAACAUUUUCACGAAAGAAUGGACAGAUUAGUAUGGAUAUGACAUUUACGAAUAAAGCAAUGCAACCUAUGGGAGGUUUUGCAAUACAAUUAAAUAAGAAUAGUUUUGGUUUAACACCAGCUGCUCCAUUACAAGUACCAAGCCCAUUAAAUCCUGGUGCUAGUAUAGAAACAAGUGUAAUCUUAUCUACCGGUGGUGCAGUACAACGCAUGGAACCGUUAAACAAUCUUCAAGUUGCGAUAAAAAAUAAUAUCGAUGUAUUUUAUUUUGCUUGUAUCGUUCCCAUGAAUGUAUACUUUGCAGAAGAUGGACAAUUAGAUAAAAGAGUAUUUCUUAGUACAUGGAAAGAUAUACCUGCUCAGAAUGAGGUGCAAUAUACAUUGAAAAGAGUAAUAUUGACUGUAGAUCAAAUUGUACAAAAAAUGCAGCAAAAUAAUGUAUUUACAAUUGCUAGAAGAAAUGUCGAAGGACAAGAUAUGCUAUAUCAAUCUCUUAAAUUAACAAAUAACGUUUGGGUAUUAAAUGAAUUGAAAUUUCCAAAUGUAGAUGCUGAUGUCAUUUUAUCGUUGAAGUCACGCUCUGUGGAAGUCGCACCGGGUAUAUUCCAAGCUUAUAAUGCAAUUCUACAUUCUUAAACAAUUAUUUAAUAUUGGAAUUGUGUAAUAUUAUAUUUCAUGAUCAUAAUCUAUUUGUUUAUAUAAGUUAUUUAUGUACUGUGCAUAUAACUUAUCUAAUUAAACAUUUGUUUAUAUUUUAUUAUAACUUAUGGUAAAUUUAAUAUAUCAUUAAAUUUAUCAUAAAAUAGAUGUAAAUCAAAAUAAAGAUAUAUUAAGGAUGUA